AUGCAAACUAUGAAAGCUGAAAAUAAGCACUCAUUCUCCUAUGUUGAUCGCCCACUACCUCUUAUUACAAUCAACAACGAUACUCGAGAAUUCAUAAUAGAUCCAGACGCAAUUGACUUUUUAAAAAGCUUAGACAGCCCUAUCUGUGUUAUUUCCGUAGCAGGAAUGUACCGCACUGGCAAAUCAUAUUUACUUAACAGAGUUCUUCUGAACAGAAAGCGUGGGUUUGGGGUAGGACCAACCAUAAAUCCAUGCACGCGUGGCUUAUGGGUUUGGGGAACUCCUAUCCCAGGAACAACAAAAGAUGGCAAGCCCUGCACAAUUGUCAUAAUUGACUCAGAAGGCAUAGGCUCUAUUGAAGAAGACUCCAACCAUGACACUCGUAUUUUCUCCCUUGCCAUUCUUUUAAGCUCUUAUUUCAUUUACAACUCCAUUGGCUCAAUUGAUGAAAACGCCAUUCAAAACUUAAGCUUGGUCGUCAAUAUAACUAAACAAAUCCACAUCAGAAGUUCUCAAGCCCAAGGCGAAAUCCUUGACUCUGAAGCCUAUGCGAAAUAUUUCCCUUCUUUUCUAUGAGUUGUAAGAGAUUUUACAUUGAGACUAAUUGACUCAGAAGGCAGACCAAUUUCUUCUAGGGAGUAUUUAGAAAAUGCCCUGAAGCUACAAAAAGGGAUUUCGGAUAUGAUUGAAGAAAAAAAUAGGAUAAGGAAACUAUUGACGCAUUUUUUUAGAGAUAUUGAUUGUGCAACACUAGUGAGGCCAACAGAGAGGGAGGAGGAUCUGCAGAGGCUUGAUGAUAUGAACCCUGAUCAGCUUAGACCAGAAUUUGUUGAACAAAUUUCUGAGCUGAGGAAUAAGGUUUUUGCCAAAGUAAAGCCAAAAAUGCUGAAUGGGAAACAGCUGUCUGGAGAAAUGCUGCUGGUGUUUAUGCAGUCUUAUAUAGAUUCAAUGAAUUCUGGAUGUGUGCCGAAUAUUGAGAAUGCGUGGAAUUAUAUAUGCAAGGCGCAGAAUAAAAGGGCGUUUGAAGAUGCUGCACAGACUUAUGAAAGAAUUUUGGGUAGUGCCAGCAGGAAGUUGCCAGUUAUGGAAGAGCAGAUUAAGGCGCUGCAUAAAGAAGGAAAAAGUGCUGCUGUGGAUCAUUAUCAUAAGCAAUGUGUAGGCGAUGAAAAGACGAGAAGUCUUAAUGAAUUGACUGAUUAUAUAGCAAAAAGAUAUAUGGCUAUUAAAAGUGAAAAUGCGAAUCAGGCCAAAAAAGAAGCUGUGGCGUUUUUAAAGGAAAAAUAUAUAGAAAUUGAAACCAAGAUAAAAAGUGGAGAAAUUAUGCUGAAAUAUAUUGAAUUAAAUAUUAAAAUAUUGGUGCUGAUAAUAGUAAAUAAUAAUUAUUGCAGUAUAAUAAUUUUUCUGAAUUUGACAAAGCCAUCAAAGAGCUUGAAAAUCAAUACUCAGAACAAUGUCCCCAAGGCCCAGGAUCCAAAGAAUGUUUUUUAGAAUUCUGCAAAGAUAAAUACGCCAAAGCUACAGAAAAAUUCAUAAAACAAGUCACAAACUCUAUGGAAAUACAGCAAACAGUAUCCACAGAAAAAAUCACAAAUUUAGAAAACGACCUCAGAAGCGUUAAAGAUCAGCUUAUUAAUGAAAAAUCAGAAUCCCAAAAAGCCACUUGUGUAUUAUUAACAGAAAAAUCAGAACUUUUAGUCAAAGAAAAAAGUUUAAGAGAACAAGUUUAUGGAUUAAUUUAUGAAAAAGAAAGAAUGGAAAAUGAGCUAAAAGAAUUACGGUCGAAUUUAAGGUCAGUCACACAAAAAGAAGAAGAAAAAACAAAAGCAAAAAUUGCAGAAAUCAGUGAUUUAUUAAGAGAGCAUGAUAAGGAGCAUGAAAGAAAAGAAUGUUAACUUAAAAUUAUUAUAGAGUAGCUAGUCAUGCCGGCUUUUCAUGCCACUUGCUUCGCUCCAUUCUCUUGUUUGCCAGCACGAUUCCAAGACCUAAAGGCAUGUGCUACUUCUUUCGAAUGAGGGCUUGAACUUGUAACCCGGAGAUAAAGAUGCUUGACCACUGUGCCGUACGUCAACGGGUUACCCUUUCGGAAAUUUCAAAAAGUGAAUUUUCUGUUCAGCCUGAUGAAACUUGUAAUCCAGGACUAAACUCCUGGCAUCGCACUAGGAAAUUGCCCGAUUGGCCAAGCGAACAUCCUCUGGCAUUGCUAGGCUAUCCCAUUCCAGCUUCCAAGUUCCAUCUUCCCCUCGAGGCAAAGCCUAUCCUUAGAUGUGAGUCUGUAGUUUUCAGUCUGACAUUGCGCUUCAUUAGACCAUUAAAACCGGCUGGACACUCUCUUACUGCACACUGCUCUUUCUUUCACAAGGUCCCCAGACUCUUUUAUGGCUAAUUUUAAAAGAGCAAGUCGGUUCACCACGCCAGUUUUAUGUGUUCGAAAGAAAAGAAUCAGAAUACGAAGAAGAAAAAGCCAUUUUUGAACAAAAAAUAAAAUUUUUAGAAAAUGCUGUAGAGGAUUAUAAACAAAAAGACAAAAGCUCAUCUGAAAAAUUUAAGGAAACUAGAAACGACCAUUUGCAAGCUAUUAAGUCUUUGCAGUCUAAAUAUGAGGCACAAAGUAACGCUCUGCAAGAAAAACUCGACGAAAAAACCAAAGAAGUCGUUGAAUUAGAGUCAGAAAUCGAAGUAAAGGAAGGAAUAAUUGAAGAACUCCAAUUUAAGCUACAAGACGACAGUUUGAGGCAAAAACAAAAUUCAGAUCUCCAACCCAAGCUUGAAGCCCUCACAAAAGAAAUGAAAAAUAAAGAAGACUCUUAUAUAAAGCUGAUCGAAAAUAUAAAAAAAGAAAGCAAUGAUACUAUUAUGAAGCUUCGAGCAAGACUUGACGAAUCAGAAAAAAAAUUAAAAGCUUUUGAAGACUCACAAAGAAAUGAUAUGACCCAGUGGGCUCAGGAUAACGCCAUUUUAGUGCAGAAAAUUGAAUUUUUAGAGCAGGAAAUAGAAGAAUAUAAAUUAAAAAUCGAGGAAUCCCAUAGGCAUCAUGAAGUCAUGAUAUCUGCAUUAGAAACUCUAAAAGGCCCACAAGUAGAUUCAGAAGCAAGCAUACAGAAAAUAAGGGCAGAACAAUCUGAAGAAAUAUCCCGGAUCCAGAAAGACUAUGAAGUCCAAAAAUCAAAAUUAUUAUCAAGAAUUGAAGAUUUAUUAGAUACCAAAAGUGGGCUAGAAACCAAAAUGAAAAUGGAAAAAAAUGAAUGGCUGCACAAAGAAAAGCAACUAAAUGAGCAGCUUGAAGAAGCAAUUUCAGAAAAAAAUAGGCUGCAAAAAGAAUUGUCAGCAAAAAUUACUAUUGAGGAACCGCGCAGUGGAGCAAGUUUAAUUGAUUAUGAAAGAGAAAUAGAAGAAUUAAGAAAAACACAUACAGACGAAAUUGACGAAAUUAAGUCACAAAAUGAAUACGCUCUACUUCAAUUAAAAACUUUUUAUGACCAAGAAAAAAAUAGGCUAGAGCAAAGAAUUCAGCAAGAAAAAUCUAAAGCGGCAAGGCAAAUUGAAGAAAUUACUGAAGACUGUGAGAAAAGAAUAGAGCAUGAAAUUGCGAUCCGUGAUGAAGAAAUUGAUGCUUUUCAAGAAGAAUUUAAAGAGUUUGAGAUUUCUUAUAAUGCUGAAAUCAUGAAAUUAAAUGAAAGAAUUGAGCUUGAUGCUCAGAAAUAUGAAAGCUUGGAAAAAUAUGCCGCAAAUUUGAAGCAACAACUAAGUGAUAGCCAUUCUGCUCAUAGCUCGUCGUUAGAAACUAAUUUAGACAGUUUUAACAAGCAAAAAGCAAUUUUACAAGAAAAAAUCGACAAAAUUGCAGCUGAAAAUUCUGAAAAGGAAAGAGAACUUCUUGCAUUCAGAAAUGAAAAAGAUAAAUAUGAAAAUCUUUAUGAGUCGAAAUCUAAAGAUUUCGACGAUUUAUAUGAAAAAUAUAAUAAAGAAAAAAAAGAAUUGAUAGAACAAAUUUCGACUCUUAAGGAGAAAUUUGAAGCCCUUCAAAACGAAUCUUUGUAUUAAAGUUAGGAUUAUAGAAAAGCUACCUGUGAUACCUCGAAUGAGUGUUUAUCUGCCUAUCAGCUAUGCUCUCAAUAAACAGGCUUAUAGCUGGAGUGUAGUGGGGCUGGUCACCGCGAAAAAACGAAUUUUCUGGCCAAGAUGUUGACCAAAAUGGAACUCGUUGCCCAGGGCGUAACUCCAGUAUCGCACUAGGAAAUUAUCGGAUUAGUCCUAAGGAUUCUACUAGGCUUUCCAUUUCCGACACCAGCAUCCAUAUCCCCAAAAGUAAAACCUUAAUCUGUUGAGCUGCGAUCUGCCUAAUCCGACAUCCCAGCUACAGGUGUUAAUUGGUCGACUUUGCUCUCCACCUCCAUUAUAAUGUAUCCAAAACUAAUCUUCAAAACAGUCCUCAAAAUCUAAGCGAGAACUUGCCCUAGCUAACAACGAAAUAAGUUUACUUCACAGCAAAAUUUCAGAGCUUGAAGAGUCUCUUCAAGAAUCUGAAAAGCAGCAUAAAGAAAACAUAGAAAAUCUAAAAGAAGAAACAAAUUCUCUUAUUCAGUCAACCACUCAGAGGCUUUCUAAGGAUAAUGAAAAUUUACAAAAAAAAUUCGACGAGAAGAAAAGAGCGUUUAAACAGCUUUCUUCAAGCAGCACUAAACAAAUUGCGCUUUAUGAAAAAGAAAUUGCGGUUUUAGAAGAAAAACUACAGCAUUCAGACAGAAAGCGAGCAGAAAUUGAAAAAUACUAUCAAGACUCCCUUAUGACUGUAAAAGCGCAUUCUCAAAGCCCAGAAAAGGUGUCUCCUGUAUUCCAAGCUACAAAUCCAGAGGUGGAGUCCUUAAGAAUGCAAAUUUCUAAACUAGACCGCGAGCUCCAAGCAAGACAAACUGCAUAUGACCGUGACAAAAGCUUGUGGGAAAAUAAAUUCAACUUUUUGCUACAGCAAAGGGAUCAUGCAAGAAAAGAGUUGGCUGCUGCACAAGAUAAAUUCGAUUUGAUUGUAGACGAAUUGAAGAAGAAAAGUGCAGCGGAAAGAGAAAAAUUAGAAAGCAGCACUACUAAUUUGCUUUCCACAAUGGAGUCAAAAUAUAGCUCACAAGCUGUGUUUUAUAGUAUAUUGAAUAUCACUUAUUUCCCUCCUAUAAAAAAAAAUUUUUUAGGGGGUAUUUCUAUAUUAAUUUUAUGUGAUUGUUUUUUUAAAAAAAAAAUGGUCUUAUGCUCACAUAUGGGGAGAGUUAAUGCUUAUAGAAAAAUAUUAAUAAAUUAAUCAUUAAAAAUGGGAUAGAGCUACAAAAUCGGUAUGAGCAGACUAUUAAAGAUAUGAGAGACAAAAACAGAGAAAGCGAAAGAAAACUACAAGAAAUGAUAGAAGAGCUUGAAAACGAAAAACGGGAAAGGUCAUGCACUGUAGUUUCCUUUGAAAGAAAACUCCAGCAAUCGCAAGAUACAAUUAAAAAACUUAAACAAGACAUGGACCAAGAACGAUUUAUGAAAGAAAAUUCAAUUAACGGAGCAUUGGAAAAAAUUGCAAAAGAAAAAGAAGAUUGGAAACAAAAAGCGAAAGAACUCGAAAAGAAAUGCAAAGAACUAGAAAAUCAAAAAGCCCAACAAUUCAUACAGCAUGAAAAAGAAAGAGCUAAAUGGGGUCUCGAAAAAGACUCUAUCAUGUCAAAAUAUGGAGAAACCCAACAAGAGCUGUCACAUGCAAUUAAACGGCAAGAAAGCUUGAAAAAAGAAAACGAAAAACUUAGAACUCCAAGGCCCAAAACUUUGAUUUCUAAACUCCCCCCUUCGUGAGUGAACAAAACCAUUAGAAAAAUCUCUAUUUUUUGCACAAAAACCCGCCCUCCGUGAGUGAACAAACAAAAUUUUGAUAUAUAAGUGAUAAUUAUUAUAAUGAAGUCUCGAGCUAAUUCUGUUUAAUUUUAAACAAAUUGCGUUUUAAAACAUAAAUUUUACAAAUUAAAUUAAUAUUUGCUUUCCAAUUUUUAUCGAAGUGAGAUUUUUUUAAAUUUCGAAAAAAAAAAAUUUAUAAAAAAAUUUAUAUAUAAAUUUUUUUAAAAAAAAAAAAAUUAAACCCCCGUCCGUGAGUGAACAAAAAUUUUUUGUUCACUCAUGGGGGGGGGGGGAGAGAGAACAAUGGAUGGGCUGAGCACAAAUACAUCUUACGAAGACUUUCAAAAAUUCGCCUCUAUGAGCGGAAGAUCAACACCUACAAAUUCCAAUAGAGAUACAUCACCAAGGCCGAAACUGACAAGAACUGGGUCAUUUUCAAGAGCAUUGUCAGAGUCUAGAUAA